AUGAGCAUGGAGCCCCACACAUGGUUGUUCUUGGGAGCGGCCUUGGGGCUGCAGAUUGCGUUAGGUGUCAAGCUGGUUUCCGGUACCGCCGCGAGUAAGGAUAAGGUCAAGCAGUGGUUGAGUAAAUCCCGGAGCUGGCUUGUCGGACUUGUCCGGAGGCAAAGGCAUGGUUCCCGCACACAAGACCAAAUGUUGUGGAAUGAGAUCUUGCAGAUCCACAUUCAGCUAUCACAGUGGAGUAUGGUCUUUCUGAUGUUUGCCGGAGGCGGUUUGAUUACCGCGGCACAGCUGUUCUUCUUGUCGGGAUCAGACCCAGGGUCUUUCUGGCUGUCCAAGCCGCAAUUGUGGACGAUUCUGUCGGGCGUUGUCAUCGUGUAUUUAUUCACAUUUGUGCCAGUCCGCUACCGGUCCUACACUGUCCAUGCUUUCUACAUCACGAUGAAUUGCCUGGCGUUGAUCAUGCUUCUACCUUCCCACUGUCCCAGGGAUCAGCUUCUUCGCACUUCGAUGACGGCAGUCAUCAUCUUCCGGGUGCCAUCGAUUCUGCUCACGCCUCGAACACUACUGGUGCUAGCCGUGGGCUCCGGAUACGUACUGAUGUCUUUCAUAAGAUUUACACUUGAGCCAGUUCCCAGGCCAGGUGGUUGCGCGGUGGACGAGCAGUUCAAGGUGAGAAUGGAGCUCUAUGCAUUGCUAGCUACGACCUUCCUCUCCUUCAUGGUGAAGUUAAUGGUGAAACGAAAGGUGGAACUGAGCGUAGACGGCAGCAACCUAGCAAAGCAACUCAGUGCUGCAUCCUCCUUGCUGAAGCUCACCUGCGAUGCCGUAAUUGAGCUGGAUGACAACCUGCGACUCACGGAGCACUCACCGGAGUUGUCGGCCUUACUUCUGCACCGACCAGGCUUCAGCACGAAAGAGAAGCGGUUAACAGACUUCAUGAAGCCAGAUGAUGCAACCCGUGCCACGCAAAUCCUAUGUGACGGUCCGUCUUCCUAUGAGACCCAGAUCUCUGCUCAUGCCUUUCACACGCGACUUGUGGAUAGCUGCUCAAGUAAGCUCUGCGCAGAGGUCUUCCAGGUGAAGUACACCAAGCAUGACGGCAAGGAGUACAGUUUGCUUGGUCUUCGUGACUUCACUGACGUCAAGCCUCUUUCCGGAGGCAAUGCCCUGGAUGCAUUUGAUUCAACUGUCAGCACGGAGUUGCCGCUCUCUCCGCUCAUGACAGCAACAGACACCACUUUGGCAAAUGCAAGUUCUUGCGACGACCGCGACGACCGCGACCUGAAAGCAGACGAUGCAAGCAGUGUGAGCGCGGCCAGUUCCAGUGAAGAGUCGCUGAAAGUGAGGCCUCGAACGGUCUACAUGGAUGUCGACACGGAGGGCAUGCUGAUCCAUGCGGCUUCAUCUCCAGUGAUGGCACUCUCUGGCUCGUCGCUGGCAGAUGUGUUUCCCUCACCACACACGAGACUACUGUUGGAACAACUCCGUCGUGAGGCGGACCUUUUCCGAAGUAGGGGCGAAGAACCGCCGGGCCGCGUCCUCAACUACGAAGACAUGCCUGUCAUUCUGAACCCCGGCACAGUCGACCGUAUUACCGGCACUAUGCAGAUCACGCAGGCGAGAUUCGGCAGGACCCACGUUCUCAUGGCAUUUUCCCCCCUCCGCCCAAGAUCGGAGUCCGAAGGCCGACGCAGAUCUCAGAACUCCCAGAGAUCUGCACUAGAGAAGCCUGAGAGAGGCUUGUCCCUCUAG